CUCUUCUUCAAAAUUCUCUCUCUCUCAUCACCGUUCCUCACUUGUACGUCGUCGUUUCCCGAUCCCGGCGAAUCGAACUCCAACGAGGAAGCGGAGCAUUCCAGUAAUCGGCGAAGAGCAACCAAUGCGGAAUUCGAAUUCCAAAUCCAAAGACGGAAAAAGGAAUCGCCGGUUCCGCGAUCCUCCGUCUCCGGCGCCGGUGAUGACUCCUCAACUCUCGUUGUAGCUCGCGACUGAUCUCGCCCAAGCAGAGAUUCGCCGUUCCAGCUUCCGGCCGGAAUCGCGUCCCCUAAUUGUUUCGUUUUUUUUGUGGUUUUCGAGAGUUGAAAUUCGCGUUCCGGCGGCGAAACGAUGUCGUCGAAGGUGGUGUUCGAAGGGUGGAGUCGCGGCUGCUCGCGUAUUACAAGAGGAAACCGCAGGAUAAUCAUGUGGUUGUAUCAUUUUUUUAUCGAAUUUUGCUUCUUCGUUUCCAUUUUUUGGGGAAUUCAGUUAUUAUUACUAUUGUUAUUCUUUUUUUCUUCAAUUUUUAUUGUCUGUUGAAGUUUCCACUCCCCCCCGGAAACACUUCAAAUUUUGAAGAGGAUCCCUCAUUUAACUUCUACAUAAGCACCUAUAAACUUAACAAGGCUUGACACCCUUGUCUAAGAGAAGUCUCAGUAGGUUUUACCAUUGAAAAACACCCAUAAAUUAGAAAUAAUCCAAGUUGGGUCAUAUUCUACUAUGUCCUGGACAGUGUUGUCAAAGGAACCCAACCAUAUGCCCAGGGUACUAAGGCAAGGUUCCUGCAAGGGUGAUCUAUUCUUGGCACCUUAGGAAUGCCUUUCUUGAUAAGGCUAGGAAUGGCCCUACCCUAGUAUCCUAUAAAAACAGUAAAGAACUCUGAAAGGACAACCAUCUAAUUUAAUAACUUGGAUGCUAAAGGGGGUAAAGUGGUCAGAAUGUUGAGAAAAAUACUAGGGGAGACUGGUCAAGGAGAGAAAUGAAGCAUUGCUAUGUUAUAAAUGGUGAUGAAUAGGGUAUUGUUGGUGGUGAAAGCUUCUUACAUAUUUUUUUGCUAUUUCUAUGACUAGCAUUGAGGGUGAGCCUUGAGACAAUGGUAAAGUUGUGCUUUGGUGACCGGUGGGUCAUAGGCUUGAAUCUGGAAAUAGCCUAUUUGCAAAUGCAAGGGAAAGAUUGCGUACAAUGACCCUCCCCCAUACUUUCGCGUAGCGAGGAGCCUUCUGACACCAGGGUAUGUUAGUUUUCUAUGACUAGGAAUGAUUUUUUUAGGUGGAUGCUGGAGUAGUGGGAGAUGAGAAUGUUGAGGUGGAUAAGUUGAAUAUUUAGAUAAGAAUAUAAGAUUAUGAAUGGAAGUAUUUGGGAAUAUGUUGGAGUAUCACCUAUUGAGAAGAUGAUAGAAACUUGCCUAUGAUGGGUUUGGUCAUGUGAGGAAAAGAGCUAAGAACCAACAGAGGCCGUGAUGCGAAAGGUGGGCCAAAUGGAAGAGGAUUACAUUAAAAAGGGUGGAGGAAGACCAAAGAAAAAAAUAGGCAAAAAAUUAUUGAAAAAUAAAUUAAUUUUGAAUGAAUUAAUUGAAAGUUUGGUUUCCUAAUAGCUCAAUAUUUUUAUAUGAUCCAUAUAGCUGACCUGACCUAGUGGGUUAACACUUGGUUGUUAUUGUAGAUGGUAAACUGAUGAGUCUUAUUAAGAUCUUUCUGAUUGAUGAGGGGAUUGAGGACUGUGAGGUACAAAUUGUUUAAUUUUGACUGCAAGGUCAGAGGAGUAAUUAGUUAGGAACCUCUAUUAUCUUCUUCAUAAUUGUGAUAACGAUGAGUUGAUUACUGUUGAUGCACUGAGUCUGAGUAUGAUAACAUAAACUGGGCUAUAGAAAAGAUUUGGAAAAUUUAGCAAGAUUCUGGCAUCACCCAGUUUGUUUCAGAAAUUGUUCCAGUUAUCACUUGAGUUAAAUUAAAAAUAUUCACCGUAACACAAAAGUUAAACUUAAUGAAAACUUUCCAGAUGGCAUGCUCCUGCAGAUCUACAACAGGUCAAGGAUGCUUUAAUCUGUAGUGAUAAGGGAAAUACAGAAAACAAGUUUUUCUUUCUUUUAGAUAUUUGAUGUUCCAUAAAUCUGCAAAUAUUUAUUUGGUGGAUAAAUUUGUUUGCUUCUUAUUAUUCACAUGUCUGCAGAUGGGAUUGCAGUUUCCUACAUGGUAGUUUAGUUGAGGAGAUGGAUGGGCAUACGACAGUUCUUUAUCACCGACUUCAGCUAGACUGGUUCUCAAAGUUUGUGUGGCCUCGUGAUCUUUGUUAUGUGGCGCCGAAAUGAUGAUGGAAGUUAUGUUGUUUUAUUUCGCUCUAGGGAACAUGAAAACUUUGGUCCACAGCUUGGGUGUGUUCGGGCACAUAUUGAAAUUUUCUUUAUGGUUCUGUUUUUCUUAAAACCUCGAAAUGGGAGGCCCAGGACACAAGUCCAGCAUCUUAUGCAGAUUGAUCUGAAGGAGGGAUGGGGUGUGGGUUACUUGUCAUCUUUUCAGCAGUAUUGUGUCCGUCAAAUGUUAAAUAGUGUAGCUGGUUUACGUGAAUGGUUUGCCCAAUCAGAUGAAAGAAAUGCUCAUCCAAGAAUUCCUGUCAUGGUUAAUUUGUCCUCAACAGCUGUUUCUUCAAAGAAGAAUCAGAAGCCAAAUGAUUUUUCUAUCAAUCCUACUUCUCUUGAUCAAAUGAAUGCUACAAGCAGAAGUUCUGCCUUGAUAGAUGAAUAUUUUGAUGAUGAAGAAGAUUUUCAAAUAGCAGAACCUGAACAAGAGGCAUACCAAAUUGGUCUUGAGAAUGAUGUGAGAAAAACAGCCUUGGAAGAAGAACCGGCACAUGAAAUUGACUUUUCUUCCUUUUCGGGCAAUUUGCGCCGAGAUGACCGUGAUAAUGCUCGUGACUGCUGGAAAAUUUCUGAUGGAAACAACUUCAAAGUCAGAAGCAAGCAUUAUUGCUAUGAAAAAACAAAGAAGGUUCCUGCUGGAAAACAUAUGCUGGACCUUGUUGCUGUUGAUUGGUUUAUAGACUCAAAAAGAAUGGACCAUGUGGCUAGGCGUCAUGGUUGUGCGGCGCAAGUUGCUUCAGAAAAAGGAUUUUUCUCCAUUGUUCUUAAUCUUCAAUUAUUGAGAUGAGAAGAAAAGAAGGGGUCAUGUGAAGGGGAAGAUGUAAGAGUGAAGGCAUUAAACAAAGUUGUGUUGGGGGAGUAGAUAUGAGGUGCUCAGAUCGAGAUGAACAGAUUCAGGUGCCCAGAGAACUUGUAGGCAUCGAAGGCGACAAUCAAGUCCAUGUCAACGACUGAGAUUGACAAAACUCACAUUGAAACCGACAAGCAUUGCACCAUUUGCAAAGAAGCAUUUGAGCUACACGCGGAGGCUUGUGAGUUGCCAUGCAAGCACAUCUAUCACUCAGAUA